AUGCAAGAUGUCAUCCUUCAUCUGCCUAGCUGGCUCACCGGGACUUCCAGCUCCACAAGAUCACAACUCGAUGGAGUCACUAUCAUAUUCUUCGUGACCGGAAAUCCAGGACUAAUUGGUUACUACGAGCAAUUUCUUCAGUUGCUCUGCACGACUGGUGUAGGGAAAGACAGUAUUGUAGCGGGAGCGAGCUUGGGUGGAUUUGACAAGGGGAUGAACUCCGUGUGGAGACUGGAGGACGAAGGAAGUGAAGGAAAUACUAGCGAUAAUGUACAGCACUUUCAGUCUCAAUUUCAACAUCCACCAGGCUUUGAGCCGAGAAAUGAAGGCAUCUACGAUUUGCAAGACCAGAUCAAGUUGAGUCAUGCGCGAUUGAGUUACCUAGCCAGGUGGGUAAGAGAUAACCAUGCUAGAGUGGCUGAUAUGCCGAUUCAGGUGAUAUUGGUGGGACAUAGUGUGGGCGCAUACAUAGCGCUUGAGGUUGUCAGAAUGCAGCAUGAAGCGUCCCUGUCAAUGUCCAAUGUUGCUCCAAUUUCCGUCUCAGAUUUCAGAAUUGUCGCAACUAUGCUCUUGACACCGACAAUACAUAACAUUGCGCAUUCGCCAUCGGGCAGGAUAGCAACCCCUGUACUGAGUAACAUCCCUUUCUUUCCGACGUUAGUACAAGCUGGAGCUGGUCUUCUGACCAGCGCAAUGCCGGCUUCGUGGCUAGGUGGUCUCGUUGGCCGGAUCACGGGCGUGACCGGAAGUGCGCUAAAUAUCACGACUGAUUUUUUGCAGACGCCAGGAGCGGUAAGACAGGCUCUGCACCUGGCUAGGUGUGAGAUGCUGGAGAUUGGAGAGAAUCAGUGGUCAGAAGAGGUAUGGGGCAUGAACGAGCAGGAGAGACAGAUGAAUGAGGGCAGGUACGAGGUGUGGAGGUCUCCAAAGCACUAUUUCCUGUUUGCGAAGGAAGAUCAUUGGGUGGCGGACAAGACACGAGACGCGAUUGUGGAGAGUGUGAAUGGCAGGUCCGAGGUCAUCGUAGACGAAGAUGGCAAAUUGGGGUUGGUGCAUGCCUGGUGUUUGAAGCAGAACGGAUUGGUAGCAGGAAUUGUCAACAAGUGGAUCGAAGAUGCCCUCAGGGAAGAAAGAGUAUAA